AUGCAGAAGGGAAUACGACUUAAUGAUGGUCAUGUCACCUACUUGGGGCUUUUGGCAAAAAAGGAUGGUACAAGACGAGGGUGCUUGAGCAAAAAGAGCUCAGACAACACAAAAUGGCACACAAAGUGGUUUGCUUUGUUACAAAAUAUGCUAUUUUAUUUUGAGAACGAGUCCAGUUCUCGACCCUCCGGAUUAUACCUGCUGGAAGGAUGCAUAUGCGACAGGGCGCCUUCACCGAAACCUUCACUGUCAGCCAAGGAGUGUUUGGAAAAGCAGUACUAUUUCACUGUCAGCUUUACCCAAGAAAACCAAAAGGCGCUUGAGUUACGCACAGAAGAUGUAAAGGACAGCGAUGAAUGGGUGGCUGCCAUAUCACACGCCAGUUACAGAAACUUGGCCAACGAGCAUGAGACUCUCAUGCAGAAGUAUCUUCAUCUACUUCAGAUUGUGGAGACGGAAAAAACAGUUGCUAAGCAACUUCGACAACAGAUAGAAGAUGGAGAAAUAGAGAUUGAAAGGCUUAAGUCAGAGAUCUCUGGGCUGCACAAAGACAAUGAGAAGAUCCACGCCAGCCCAGCAGCCACCCCGACUGAUGAUGACUCAGAAAUCAAGAAAAUCAAAAAAGUCCAGAGCUUCCUGCGAGGCUGGAUCUGCAGGAGAAAGUGGAAGACCAUCAUCCAGGAUUACAUCCGCUCACCACAUGCUGAGAGCAUGAGGAAGAGGAACCAGGUGGUGUUCAGCAUGUUGGACUCGGAGGCUGAGUACGUCCAGCAGCUUCACAUUCUGGUGAACAACUUCCUGAGGCCGCUCCGCAUGGCAGCCAGCUCCAAGAAGCCACCCAUCACCCAUGAUGACGUCAGCAGCAUAUUUCUCAACAGUGAAACUAUCAUGUUUCUACAUCAGAUAUUUUACCAGGGGUUAAAAGCCAGAAUAGCAAGCUGGCCAACAUUAGUGCUGGCCGACCUGUUCGAUAUCCUGCUGCCCAUGCUGAAUAUCUACCAGGAGUUUGUGAGGAACCACCAGUACAGCCUGCAGAUCCUUGCUCACUGCAAGCAGAACCGAGACUUUGACAAGCUGCUGAAGCAGUAUGAGGCCAAACCCGACUGCGAGGAGAGAACCCUGGAGACCUUCCUCACCUACCCCAUGUUCCAGAUUCCCCGCUACAUUCUUACGCUCCACGAACUUUUGGCCCACACACCCCAUGAACAUGUAGAGAGAAACAGUCUGGACUACGCAAAAUCUAAGCUGGAGGAGCUUUCCAGAAUCAUGCAUGACGAAGUGAGCGAGACUGAGAACAUCAGGAAGAACCUGGCGAUAGAGCGCAUGAUUGUAGAGGGCUGCGAGAUUCUCCUCGACACCAGCCAGACGUUUGUAAGACAAGGGUCUCUCAUCCAGGUGCCGAUGAGUGAGAAGGGCAAGAUCACCCGUGGGCGACUGGGCUCUCUAUCUCUGAAGAAGGAGGGGGAGAGGCAGUGCUUUCUCUUCUCCAAGCAUUUAAUCAUCUGCACCAGGGGUUCUGGGGGAAAGCUUCAUCUCACCAAGAAUGGAGUAGUCUCCCUUAUAGACUGCACUCUUAUGGAGGACCCUGAGGGGACAGAUGAUGAGUCCAAAUCAGACAAGAGUGGCCAGGACAUGGAGCACCUGGACUUCAAGAUUGUCGUUGAGCCAAAAGACAGCCAGUCAUUCACAGUCAUUUUGGUGGCUUCCUCGAGGCAGGAGAAGUCUGCAUGGACCAGUGACAUCAGCCAGUGCAUAGACAAUAUUCGCUGCAAUGGGUUGAUGAUGAAUGCCUUUGAAGACAACUCCAAAGUCACAGUACCACAGAUGAUCAAAUCAGACUCGAGCCUGUACUGUGACGAUGUGGACAUCCGCUUCAGUAAGAUGAUGAACUCCUGCAAGGUGCUGCAGAUACGCUACGCCAGCGUCGAGCGCCUGCUGGAGAGACUGACUGACCUCCGUUUCCUCUCCAUCGACUUCCUUAACACCUUCCUGCACUCCUAUCGCGUGUUCACCAUCGCUGAUGUGGUGCUAGACAAACUCAUCACCAUCUACAAGAAGCCCAUCAGUGCCAUCCCUGCACGUUGGUUAAUGUCCCUGGAGUUAUUCUUUGCCAGCAGUCAGAACAGUAAACUCCUUUAUGGGGAGCCACCCAGCUCACCUAGGGCCAGCCGAAAGUUCUCCUCCCCUCCUCCUCUGGCUAUCGCCAAGAACUCAUCCCCAAACCGCCGGCGCAAGCUCUCCCUCAACAUCCCUAUCAUCACUGGGGGCAAAGCUCUUGACCUGGCUGCCCUCAGCUGCUCCUCAAAUGGCUAUGCAAGCAUGUACUCCUCCAUGUCCCCAUUCAGCAAGACCACCUUAGAUAUCAACAAACUGUACGUGUCCAGCCCUAUCGCGAGCAAAAUACCAGAUGAGGGAGAGGACAAGAAGGACAAGGCGGAAGAUACCACAGCGUGCAAACAAGAUCUCUCAGUACGAGAAGAAAGUGACAAUGAUCAAAACCAAAGUGAUGAUGCAGAUCCAGAAGCCUCUCCUACCAAGUCACCAACAACCCCGAAAAACAUCAAAUGCAAAAACUCCUCAGAGUUCACCGUAUUUUCCUACAACAAUGGCAUGGUGAUGUCCUCAUGUCGAGAGAUGGACAACAACCGCAGUGCCCUGUCUGCUGCCUCCGCCUUUGCUAUUGCUACAGCUGGAGCCAAUGAAGGCACCCCUACCAAGGAAAAAUAUCGAAGGAUGUCCCUCGCCAGCACAGGAUUCCCAACCGAUCAGAGAAAUGGAGACAAAGAGUUUGUGAUCAGACGAGCGGCGACCAACAGAGUUCUAAAUGUAUUGAGGCACUGGGUGUCCAAACACUCUCCGGACUUUGAAACUAAUAAUGAGCUGAAAACAAAGGUUAUUGUCUUCCUGGAGGAAGUGAUGCAUGACCCUGAGCUGUUGACCCAGGAGAGGAAAGCAGCAGCUAAUAUCAUCAGGACUCUAACUCAGGAAGAUCAUGGUGACAAUCAGAUCACCCUUGAAGACGUGACACAACUGGUGGGCACAGGGAAGGCCGAGCCCUUUGAGAGCCACUCUGCCUUGGAGAUUGCAGAGCAGCUCACCCUUCUGGACCACCUGGUGUUUAAGGUCAUCCCAUAUGAGGAAUUCUUUGGACAAGGCUGGAUGAAGAAUGACAAAAAUGAGAAGACGCCAUAUAUCAUGAGAACAACAAAGCACUUCAAUGAUAUAAGCAACCUCAUCGCCACAGAGAUCCUGCGCUGUGAUGAUGUGGUCACUCGGGUCGUGGUCAUUGAGAAAUGGGUAGCUGUGGCUGACAUCUGCCGCUGUCUCCAUAAUUACAACGCCGUGCUUGAGAUCACCUCCUCUCUCAACCGCAGCUCAGUCUUCCGCCUCAAAAAGACCUGGCUCAAGGUUUCCAAGCAGACGAAGGCAGUAAUUGACAAGCUGCAGAAGCUGGUCUCAUCAGAGGGGAGGUUCAAAAACCUGAGAGAGGCUUUGAAAAACUGUGAUCCUCCCUGUGUGCCCUAUUUGGGAAUGUACCUUACUGACCUGGCUUUCAUUGAGGAGGGAACACCCAACUACACCGAAGACAACUUGGUCAACUUCUCAAAGAUGAGAAUGAUUUCUCACAUCAUCAGAGAAAUCAGGCAGUUUCAGCAAACAGCUUACAAGCUUGACCUUCAACCAAAGGUAGCCCAUUAUCUAAUGGACGGGAGCUCUGCUCUGGAUGAAGAAAGCAUGUACGAAGCCUCGCUCAGAAUUGAGCCUAAAGUGCCCAACUGA